CCUCAUUUGGCUUGAUUAGUUAGGGUAGCAUGGGAAGACAAAAUAACCUGCCAUUGCUCAUACACUCCUGUUCUUUCUUAUUCCGUGAUUGUGAUGUGCCUUGCGCUAUUCGUACUAGGUGAAAGAUGCUGGUCUACUUUGCAUUAACUACCCCGGACGCGCCUUUACCGCCGCAGCAAUCCCCCAAACUACCAAGUGCUGUUUUGACGACCAACAUUUUCAACAUCAUAGCCCAUGUAAUGCGGCCGCGACUGCGAACGCAUAACGAUGGUGGACUUUCAUUACCUACCAUGAGCUCGGUUCCCUCCCAAUGAUUGUUGGUCGUUUUCGCUUUCGGAAUCCUGUUGUAAGUACGAGACGAGUGGGUCGCGUUCGCAUAGCCUGGGCGUACCCAUCGUUAAGGAGGAAUUGGUUCCGGUGUGCUCCCCUCCCCCUGUUCGCGGGCUGGCGGUUUGGUUUGCCAAGAGACGGGAUGUUUUUUAUGCAUAUGGUUGACUGUGGAGACUCUGUUGCAACAGUGUCGAUUGUACAGGGGAAUACCAUAAUAGUCUUGACGUCGACUGUUGUGAUAAUUUCUCUUUGGGUGGAAGUUACACCUAUAAAGUUCUUUAGAUAUCGGCUCCCGAUGUCUAGGACGACAGCUUAGAUAUAAGCUCACGUCUCUGGGUUGUUUAACGUACACUUUUUGGCUUUCUUGGUGACCUUGAACGUGAUCAGGGUGAAGGUACGUGUAACUUCGGUGACUAAAGGGGGAAUAUAUAAAGAUGUCGUCGGGGCCGCGGAGACUUUAGGACCAGACGAUGUCGGAAGGGGG